GCUAUAAAUCUUAUCACUUUUUAUUUCAUCAUUCACAUCAUUAAUUCUAUCCAAUCUUCAUUAAGUCUACCACUAACAUAUAGACAUACAUAUACUGUGAUCUAGUUUAGCCUCAACAUAUUUCUUGCCAGCCAUUUCAGUAUGGCCAUCUAUUUGCUCAUGACAUUUGGGAUUAUUUGAUUGUAAGGAGAAAAUAUUUUAACCUGCUCAUUAUUUAUUAAUGUGGGACAGCACCAUGACUACUUUAGAUGGCACAGAAACCAAACUGUCAAACAUAAAUACUGAUAAUUGCAGAUAAGGAGGUGAACACUAAUGUAGCAUGGAUCUAAUACAGUGCGUCAUAAGGAGCAUGCAGAUUUCUAUCUGUGCUGUGAGAAAAAACCCCGACAAAUCAAACAAAGCAACAUGAAAACCAGUUCAUCUUGUUGUGCAGCUUGGCUUGAGGCACUGCAGAGCACUGAGAGCAGCUGAUCCAGUACAUAAAAGUUCAGUUCAAACAUAUCUUGGUCCAAUGUGACACCAGCAGAAUUAGGUGAGACUGGGAAAUGUGUUUGGCAGUUAUCAUCAUUUGUCCCAUAGAGGUCAGAGAUCCAGUGAUUCUUCUUUCCUCUGAUUGUUACUUAGAACUGUAGGGGUAGGUUGUAACAGUGGAACACCUUGUAUUUGACAUUCAAAUCAUGAAGACUGUGAUAUUAUAAUAGAGGUUGAAAUGACUGCUAUUCGAAGUAGACAACAUUUUCACAAAAACUAUUAGUUACAUGUGCUGAGACAAACUGUGUUACUACCAUCUCCAGUCUACCCAAUACUUUACUACACCACAGACAGGGAAGUUUUUUCCUAACGUUUCUAAUGUAACUCAGAUAAUGAGUUCUCUAUGGGCAAUGUGCAAUUAAUCAUUACAAAAGACAAAAUACGAAAGUAAAAGUAAGAUACUUUUUAUUGCCAUAGUAUGCAAUACAAUAAAAAUUUAGUCUAGCACAUUUAGUGUUACUUUAAAAUAUUUACUUUUAUUGCCAAAUAUCACUAAAAGUCCAAAAUCUAAAACAUUACACAGUAAAUUACACAGUAGUCCAAACCAGCAGAGGGGUGUGGUUUGGUAGGAGACAGAAUAACUGCGAUAGGUGUAAGUGUUUGCUUACCUCAUACGCUUGCACCUUAGUCUUUCAUUUUUAUUAAGUUUCUGAUACAGAUUGUCUCAACUACUGAAAAGGACUGCAGCACUGAGAACAGGCAGAACCUGAAAAGCUAAUGGGUGAAAGAAUACAAAACAUCAUGGCAUCAGUAAGUUCGGGGAAAUUCAUGAAUAUGACUAUGAACAUUACCUGUUUAGUGAUCUCAAAAUUACUGCUGGUGGCUUUCCCCAUUGCUCAGAUCUCCAUAGGUGCAAAGUAUCUAAAGGAGUGUCCCCAGCAGAACUACAUCCCUGUGUAUUUACUGGUGUGUGGAGUGUUCAGCAUGGCCCUCUUUCUGCUUACCUGCCUACCCUGUGGUCAGAGUGAUAAUCCAGCACUGAAGUGUCUCUAUACCAUCUGGAACAGCCUUGUGACUGGAUUCACAUUUUGCUGGUUUAUUGCUGGCAGUGUGUGGAUCUACUCCAUCUACCCCCCCAACUACAACUCGACUGUGGUUGGUGAGCCCUACUGCAAUAAGACGCUCUACCUGUUUGCCUUUUGGACCACCACGUUAGGUUACAUCCUUUUAGCAAUAGUGUUUGUUGGCUCUUGCUGUUUUCUCAUAUGCUAUUGUGCAUGCAAUUCAAAAUUCCAGUCUGAAGAAGAACCCCAAGCCUGACUAUAAUGUUACAGAGAAAACACUGCCCACUGUGUAAAAACACUAAGUUUUCUAAAUUCAAAGAUGAUAUAUGGCUCAUAAACACUGCAUAACAAAUUCAAGAAUGCUCGUCCUGAUGAUGGCCAUACUUUUUUACAUGCUAUGAAUGUGCAUGUAAAUAUGCCAAAUAGAUUAGCAAGAUAUUUGUCUAAUGUUUGUUUGGGAAUCUGUGAAGGAGUGUGAGUAUCAUAAGUGUACACAUAGCUACUAUUAAUUUCUCUAUGCAACUUUAGUGCAAGGAUCUGAAUAACUGCAUUGCACACAAUCUUACAUGCACUAUGCUUUCAGGUGCAGACUUUACAAAGCUCUAAAACAUCAAUAUCGAUUUCAUGAGGAAUUCAUGAAAGUAACUUUAAUCACUUAAAAGACUUGCCCACUAUACUAUGUCUCAGCUUGCCCACUAUACAGCUCUUUCUUUUGCUUUGCUCAAAUACUAUUAACUGAAUAUGUUUUAUAUACUCUGUGGUAUCUCUGUUGUAUCUAUCCUUUUGUUCUUUUACUCUUUUUUCUUAUUCUCUUAUGAUUAAAGGAUUGUUUUUCUCUGCUAACAAACGUUUUUUUAAUGGUCUUAUAGCAGGACACAAUGGUUUAUUACUAAUUUGUGGAAUUGUUAUAAAUAAUUAUGAAAUAUAAUAAUAAUAAUAAUGAUCUAAAUUAUAUUAAAUGAUAACUAUUACAAUCAUUCAUUAUUGUUGGCUUACUUCAGUCAGACCAAUCUAGGCACUUUCCUCAUUUUGGGAAUAAUUUGCUGUCUUUUACUGUGGUAAAUAUUUUCUCACCAAAUAAUCUUUAUAUUAGCUCCUUAAGCUUACAUUUUUCUCUUUGUUGCCAGUGACUGAUUUUCUCUGCCUAGACCACUGACAGUAUACAGUAUACAGGUAGACAUCUUUAAAGGGUGGAGAAAUGAAGCCAAAAUGUCUCUGAGGCCCUCUAGUGGCUGGUUGCAGUACAAUUUUAAGCAUGUUUAUUCUCACUUUAGUGAAUUAAAAAUAAGCCAAACAAUUUACGUUGCAGCUGCACAAAUAAAUGUUGUUAAUAGUAUUUCCUCGUUUAUUUGAUUUCUUCCCCAAUACUCUUUAUUUUGCCCAUUUCUUCUAAGAUUUUUUUUGUCAUACCAAUUACCUGUAUAACUUGUAAUAUAUAGUUUUUAGGGGACCAAGCAGAAAAGGUCAUAUAGUACCAAUAGACCUGUUUGUGACAAUGUCCAACAUGCUAUAUAAAUAUUAAAUUUAAUUUGUGCAUAUUGUGUUUUCCAUUUUUUGUCCAUUCGCCUCCAAAUUUGGCGUGUAGUA